AUGCUGAACGCUACGGGAAGGCCUGAAAAGCUGCAGUACUUCCGACACGACGAGUUCAGCGGGCUUGAAGACGUUGCGACCUUCAUGCGUGACCGCGUAAAAAUGAUGAUCGGUCCACACGGGGCAGCAUUCUACAACUCCCGUUUCGCUCAGCCUCGCACUGCACUAAUUGAGAUCAUCCCAGAUCCUAGCAAAUUUUUCGUUCCGUGCUUCUGGGAGCAGGCACGGUUGCUUGGUCAAGACUAUUCGGCUCAUGUAGGGAAGACCCAGAACAAGCAAAACGAUAUGGUGAUCGACAAUAUCCACGAAGUGGUUCAGCUGGUUCAGGGUCGAUUGGCAUACUUAGACAAGUCGUAUCGAAUGCAGGAUGCACUUGACCACAAAUACGCAUGGGACGUGGCAACAAGGUGA